AUGUUCACCCCCCACCGAGCCUCUAGGGAUCCCGAGGCCCGGCCAUACUUCACACCCCCGCCACAGCCCGGCCACACCUCAUACCCCGGCCACAGCCCGGCCACACUUCACACCCCUGCCACAGCCCGGCACCUCACCCCCGCCACACCCGGCCACACCUCACGCCCCUGCCACAGCCCGGCCACACCUCACGCCCCUGCCACAGCCCGGCCACACCUCACGCCCCUGCCACAGCCCGGCCACACCUCACGCCCCUGCCACAGCCCGGCCAUACUUCACACCCCCGCCACAGCUCGGCCACACCUCACACCCCCACCACAGCCCGCUUCCUCCCUGCCUCUUACCGUCACUGCUCCUGUUGCUAAUAAGUAUGUGAGACAAGAGGAGGUGUUCUACGCCAAACUCAACUCCACACUGGACCAGUGCCCCUCCUGGGACACACUCAUUGCCCCUCAACAGGCUCAAAGACUGCCAUAA